AUGACAAGAUUUGGUGUACUAAAAAGGAAUAAAAAAAGAGUAAAAAAUAUUGGAAAGAAAAUAGCAGGAAUAGGAGGAAAAGUAUAUAAAUGGAUAGGAAAUGCAAUGUAUAAAGUAUCUCCUGUUGCUAAACCAAUAUUAGGAAUGUUACCAGGUGGAAGUAUUAUAACAGGAUUAUAUGAUCGUGGUGCUAAUAAUCAAUAUGUAAGAGGACAAUUUUUAAAUGAUAUUGCAGAUGGAAAAUCAGCUAAAGAAGUAAUAACAAAUUAUAAAGAUAAUCUUGUUGAUUAUGUUAUAAAAGGAAAUAAUCCAUAUGAUGAAAAUAAUAUUAAUUCAAAUCAAACAAUAAAUGGAAUAAUAACACAACCACUUAAUAAUCCUUCUAAAAAUUCAUCGUUACAUCAAAAAAUGUUACAAGAAAGUAUAAUUGGUAAUGAUUCACGUACUGCUAAAAAUUUACAAAGUAUAAUUUAUUCUAUGCCAGAAGGUAAAACAAAACAUUAUUAUACAACACAAAUAAAUAAAUUUAAUAAAUAA